AUGGGAGCCAAUUUGGAAUCAUCGACCUGCGACCUUUCCGGUAAAGUCGCUAUAGUGACGGGUGGACACACGGGCUUAGGGUUCGGUACAAGUGUCGAGUUGGCUAAGCGAGGUGCUCGUGUCUAUAUCGCUAGUCGAUCGGCGUCAAAGACCGAGGAAUCCAAGAAUGAGAUCCGACAGGAAUUUCCAGCUGCAGAUGUCCAUUUCCUUCCCCUUGAUCUUGCGGACUUGGAUAGUGUCCGACAAGCAGCUGAGAAGUUUGCCCAGCAUGAGUCAGCCCUUCACAUACUGGUGAAUAAUGCCGGAGUAAUGUGUGUGCCCUAUGAAGAAACAAAAGACGGAUCUGAGAUGCAGCUGGCGGUGAAUUAUCUAGGGCAUUUCCUUCUCACAAAGUUGCUCCUCCCGACCCUUCUGAAUACUACCGAGUCCGUGCCCGAAGGUACAGUUCGAAUCGUGAACGUAUCGAGCGACGGACAUGCGAAACUCGCACCCAAGCAAGGGAUCAUCUUUUCCGACAUGAAUAUGAAGAAAGACUUCUCUGUUUGGGCUCGGUAUGGCCACUCAAAGCUUGCCAAUGUGUUGCACGCCAAAGAAUUGGCGACCAGAUAUUCCAAGAUCAUGUCUCUUUCUCUGCAUCCAGGAACGGUCAAAACAGGUCUGUCACAGGGUCCACUAUCCUCAACACCGCUGUAUCGCUUUAUCAAACCCCUUGUGGAGCUGGGUGCUCCUGGUCCGCGCGAAGGAGCAAGAAGCAUCAUUUACGCCGCAACAUCGACAUCUCUCACUAUAGAACGCGACAACGGAGCGUAUAUCCUACCGAUUGGAAAAGUUGCAGUGGCUAGUCAAGCUGCAAGAGAUCCAAAAAUGGCACAUGAUCUGUGGGAUUGGACCGAAAGAAAGACAGAAAGUCUAGAACAUUGA